AUUGAAUACAAUUUUGUGUUAUUUUCCUAAUGUGUGUGGAGAAUCAUACUUGAAUGUGGUUGUAUAAUGGAGCUUAUCAUUUUAUUUGGAAUUAUUCUUUGCAGCCAAGUGCUUAGCAUAACGCUGUCGGGGAACGGUACGUCUGGGGGUUUCACAGUCCAAGAGAACGCUCCCCUUGAACUGACGUGCUCUACGUCUAACGAUGUACAAUAUGUAGUAUUCAACAGAAGAAUAAUGGGAUUAACUUAUCAGACAAUCACCGCAGUAGGGUACGCCGUAUCAGGUUGUGUAGCAUCGGACCCUGAACCGCCAUCCUACCUCAGCUGCUCCUGUGUUAGUAGAAAGCAGUUCGCCUGUGUCAUCCGGAACGUUACACGUAACAUAAAUGGCCAUGUUUGGUUUUGUUUACCUCCGGGAGGGGAUCCAAAUGUCGUCACUGGGGAUAAACCAAUCGUCGUUACAAUCGGCAUAACAGCGGUGUCUAUGGUAUUACCGGCGGUCAGCACCGUCUCUGUCAUAGAAAACACCACCCGGCAGUUCUGGUGUGAGACAUCUGCCGGGAACCCACAGGCCAUCGUGGAGUGGUACAAGGAUAACGGUACACCGGACAGGGCGGAUGAUACGGAAAUAACUACCGGGAAAGAGACAGACUCGAAAGCAAAUGGUACUCUGAUUGUGACUAUCGGUAAACUGACGUUGACUGUACAGAGAAACGAUCAUGAAGAGGGCGUGUACUGCAGGGCAAACAACGGCGGGUUUUGGCUGUAUUCCUUCAGUGUGGUUUUAGAUGUUCAAUAUGAACCCUCAGUUCCGAUAGUGUCCUACAAGGGUUACGAAGUUACCACUGUACGGGUAAUAUCCGAACGUUCCAUGACGCUUAUAUGCAGCAGCAUGGGAAACCCAAGCCCCACUUACACCUGGACAUACCCUGAUGGAGGCUCACAAAGUGGCCCCACCUUCACACUGGCCAGCGUGCAGCCAACACACGCCGGAGAUGUCACGUGUGCAGCAAUGAACACAUUGUCACCUACUGAAGGUUUAGCGGUUACCGUUGAUAAAAGUCAACCAACAACCAUCAACCUUCAGGUUUUGUAUCCCCCGAGUACACCCUCUUGUUCCAUCAGUGGAACUUCUAUCUCGACCACGGCCAUACUAGUGGAGGGCACAGACCGCAUUAUCAGCUGCACCAGUUACGCAAACCCACCCCUGGUCACGUACAUUUGGUCAACCCUGAGUCGUGGACAAUUGUCCGGAGCUAAUUUGUCCCUGACAAAUGUCGAGCACCCAGCUGACCACGGCCAGUACACCCUUACGGUCACAAACACAAUGGAUCCAACAGGAGAAAACACAGAAACGGGAACUAACAGCAGAGCGUUCUCGGUAGAUGUUCAGUUUGGACCUAAAGUGCAACUUCCACAGACUUAUACCGUUUUGGAGGGCAGGGUCGUGAACUAUUCAUGUUCUAUCAUCCCUGGGAACCCUUCUCAGACAUCCUUUGUCUGGACGAGGUCAAUUGACAGCAGGAAAUGGAACAGCCAGAUUUUCAGUAUCAGCUCUGUGCAGAAAGAAGACGACGGCAUGUACGCAUGCACGGCGACAAACCGGCUGACGCCUACUGGAUUUCCCCCCCACAUUGGAAAUCAUAGCGGGACCAUGCAUCUUAAUGUUCAGUAUAAGUCAAGCGUAACAGAGUUUCGUGUCACUAGGAUUAGACACGAAGCAAACGUAACACAAGCCGAGAAAAAAAGUACGACGUUUACCUGCAUGGUGGAUAGCAAUCCUCCAUCAACCAUCAAUAUUAGAAAGGACGGUGAAUUGAGGAGAUCCCUAAACCAUGCAACACAGCUAGAGUACACCAUUGCAAACCUGGCAUGCACGGAUGCAGGGCUUUACACUUGUGAUGCCAGCAACCAAUUUAAUUUUGACAAACCUUCAGCAAAGGAUUUACAUAUGUUUGUAACAUGUUCACCAAGACGCCCUCCUGGCCAAGAUAUCAAGUUGAACUUUACAGCUCAAUUACACGAUAAUGCCACACUGCAGUACAAUGUGGUUGCGUACCCAGUCCCGAUCGCCUCACAGUUCGUCUGGAAAAGAUGUUUGAGGAGAAAUAUGUGCAUACAAUUGUCAAACAUCGCCGCAAAAUAUGAAAUUACAACACUGUACUUGUCGAGUAAAUUGACCGUUUUCGAUGCUGAUAUUGAUGAUUUCGGUGCGUACAGUCUUUCAAUUAAAAAUGGCAUUGGCGAGGAAAUAGUCGAGGAUAUGUUUCUGCAAUCAGUCGGUCCACCUGAUACUCCAGCCUGUUUCAUGGUGAUUUCAAAUACAGUCACGAGUUCAAGCGCUGUUUUAUCAUGGAUUCCUGGACCUAACAAUGGGUCUCCACAAACAUUCCACAUAUCAUAUCGAGUAUUAGAUGCUUUGGGGGAUUGGCUUAAUUUUAGUUUUCAAGAUAACGGAGAGACUGAGAUGAACGUAACCCUUCAUAGUUUAGCACCAGGGAGAUCUUAUUUUGUCAAAUGCUAUGCUCUGAAUACGGCAGGUGAUUCAGGAAAACAAAUACUAAGAUUCAGCACAUUAAAAGAAGUUGCCCCUAUUGAAUCACGUGGCGCUGUUAUUGCUGGUGUUUUAAUUACUGGGUUUAUAACGAUGGUAGUCAUUGUCGUCGUUUUCUGUUUUCUUCGAAAUAAAUACUCGUGUGCGUUCAAGGUCACCCGUAAAGAAGGUUCACGCUCAAGACCUACCGUACCUUUUGCUGAGAUUCCUGGUGAUAACGAUGCCGUAACUUAUGAAACUGUAUCAGAGAAAAACAACACGCCUGUUUACGACGUUUUGAGUGUUGGAAAUGAAGGACCGGAUAAGCCACACGUGUACAUGCCGCUAGAUGAGUCCAUGGCAACUCCCGAUCCAAACAAGGAGGAAUCAAAGACAAAGGUUCCCAUUUACCACAAAACGAUGGCGAAGAACCAAGUGCAGACAGUGCUUUAAGUUAGAAAUCCGAGUUCCAUGUAUGAUGAGCUCACGAUCUCAUGAGCUAUGAUGAUUAAUUGUUGUCGAUACUGAGUAACUCCGCAUUGCUAUUUAUUAAUUGUAAAAUAUUGUUAUAUACACUUAAGAAAAUGAGAUUAUGCUGCGAAUUGUGUACGAAAUAACUAUUCAUCCUAAAACUGCAAAUCUGUUCUAUUAAAAGUAAAAAAUAACAUACAACUGGACACUUAAUUAAGAUCUAACUUGCAUGUCUCUUCAGUUUUCUUUCAACUCAUUCCCAGAAAAAAAACAUAAUUAUGGAUGAACUUAUUUGUUUACGGAGAAUACUUUCGACUUGAUUAAUAUCUCCUAAUCAUCGAUAAGCUUCUGAGUGACCUAGAGGCUUCAGUUGAACUAACGUUGAAGUUUACGAAGAUCGUCACUACCAUGCCAAGAUUUUCGCUGGGACGUGUUAUGCCAAUACUGUUUAGAUCGCAUAAGUGAAGAUGAUACUGUGCUAAUCCUCUCAACUAUCGUUCAUUCAACAGAAUCGGCAAAUCUCUUUGGAAAAGUCCUUCAUAAAUCGUUCUAAUAAAACCGUGCUGUUAAAGCUAGAGAAAUGAAUGGUGUUUGUAUGAUUUGAGCAAUAAACGUGAAUAAAUGUAAAAAUUGUGCAACAUUAUGAAAUUCAUGUCUGUUAUUUAUAUUCCUCUGUAAGAACUAUUUCUCGGCGAAUAAUACUCACGUUUAUGACAUGAUACUGCGAUCAAUUAGCUUGUUACAUUUCUUGAAAUCAUUAUUUUAAUUGUAAUAAUUUUUGUUUAAGAUAUUAUUGUCUGUCAUAAAUGUUUCAUUAACUGGUACAGGUUGCUCUUAAUACAAGCACAUGUUUUGCCUUACAUUAUAAUUAAUAUAAACCACCUAAGAUUACUUGUAUUUCUUUUUCGGCAAGUUAUUACAACAGGUGCGGUGACUGAAACCUAAUUGCUUGUGUUUUCCUAGUGUAAUUAGGGCAGUAACAUGGCGUUGAUGUGGUAUUCGCAGUAGAUAGGGUUUAUUUUGCACAACAAAACAUUUUAUUCUCUUGUGCCUUACUAUAUACAUGUUAACCAACUACAACAUGAUAUAUAAUUUAUUGCUUAAACUUGUGUACAUAGUCUUUCCCAUUUAUGUUGUUUUUGUAUAUAGCUGUUUUAUAUUGCAUGUGUAUUUAUAAUGUUUGAUGAAUAUUGGAGGAAAUGUGGAUAAGUAAUGACUUUAAAAUGAAUCAUGUGAAUUUUGGGUUUGACUCCUUAUAUUACGAAAAAAAAAUUCGUAUUUCAAAUAUUAAUAUUGAAAUCACUCGAUGCUGGA